AUGAACCAAGGGACGACCGCCCCAAAUACAUAUACUGCAGACGAUGCCCGAACAUACUAUUGCCAGGGAUCUCACAAGCACGUUCACCGCAAGAAAACGGCCGUUAAAAUGUCACAAGCCAAACGGACAGUACAAUCAGAUAAAGUUUGGGCUAGUCUCAUCACAAAUAUGAGUUACCUCCCCGGACUUCUGACCUUACAUCAUUCCCUCCUGGUCUCGGAUACAAAUUACCCCUUCAUCGCUCUUCACACAGACUGCUUUCCCGAGGAGGGCCGCGCCGCCAUUGCUGCCAGAGGGAUCCCCCUCCAACGGGUUCCACGGCUAAGCCCCUCGAACACAAGAGACUACUCAAGCGAGCCACGUUUUGAAGACACAUGGAUCAAACUGACCGUCUUCUCUCUCACCGCGUACAGCCGAGUCGUCCUCCUAGACUGCGACAUGCUAGUGCGCAAGAACAUGGACGAGUUGAUGCUGCUGCCACUGAAUCCCGCCGGCACCACCAUCACUACCGGCACAAAGGUCUUCGCUGCCGGUCACGCGUGCAUCUGCAACCCUCUCAAGAAGCCUCACUACCCGGCCAGCUGGGUCCCGGCCAAUUGUCCGUUUACGUCUCACCACGCCGACCCUGAUGCAGCCCAGACCAACGGCAAGGAUCUUACUCAGCAGCCACUUGGGCUUCUAAACAGCGGUCUUCUCGUCGUGAUCCCCUCCAAAGGUCAGUACGAGGCGAUAGUAGACUGUGUCAAGACCGCACCUGCAGAGUGGGUAUUCCCUGACCAGGACCUCCUCGCCAAUCUGUUUCGUGGACGAUGGGUGGGGUUGCCCUACGUUUACAACGCACUGAAGACGCUGAGAUGGAACGGCGUGCACGAUGCUAUUUGGAGGGACGAGGAGGUCAAGAACAUUCACUACAUCCUUAGCCCUAAACCUUGGGCUGAUCGUGAAUGUGAUACAUCGGAUCACGACGAGUCCCAUCAGUGGUGGUGGGCGGCGGAUAGGAAGCGCAGGGCACGGGAGGAAGCCGAUGGGAUUUCUGAUGGGUAUUGA